AUGGGGCGUACACUACAAUCCACACACGCCUCUCACCACCUACCGCCCCUCCUUGGUGACCUGCCGACUACGACCUGUACGACUAUGUACGUCGACGGGGCCCCCUACUCACCUCCUCUUCCUCUUUUCCCUCUUCCCUCUUCACCUUCAUCUAUCCUCUCAUUCUUUGCCGACAACGACCUUGCGUCUUCCUUCCUUUCUCUCUCUUCUUCACACCAAACCAAGUCUCUCAGACUUCUUUACAUUCAUUUCAAUCUGUUUGCGCUCGAGUAUCCAUUGUUGGACUCCCACCCACAAGAGCCGCACAGUUCACUUGCUAUCGCAGCACAUCACAACACAUCGCGACGUGCAGCAGAGCUCAUCGUUCGCCUCACACAUACACCUGACCUGAUCUGUCUCUUCUUGUCAUUUCAUUCCUUGACCGUGGGCAAACUGGUUCUGCCGUUCUGA